GCUGCCAGGAAGGGGCACACCUGGGUUAGAGCUCAGCCGUCCUCCAGCAGAGCCCUUCUGCUCCGGGUGCCAGGUCCUGACCCAGUAGGUUCCCCCCACAUAGUGGGUCUGGAGAGAUGCAGCGACUCCGGGAGGACGUCACCUGCUCCAUCUGCCUGGAUGUCUUGAAUGACCCCGUCUCCAUUGAGUGUGGCCACAACUUCUGCCGGGGCUGCCUCGCGGCUCACUGGAGCGGGGUCUCGGCCCAGGGCUACCAGUGCCCCGAGUGCCGGGUUCCCUGCUCCAGCGACAGGAUGGUCCCGGACACGCGGCUGAGAGCCCUGGUGGAGAAAAUCACAGAGCCCCUGUGGGAAGAGAUGGAGCCGCAGGGGCCGGGGGCUCAGCCAGAGCCGGGGCGCCCGGUGCAGCUGGUGCGUCUGGACGAGGCAGGGAACCUGACCCUGGACGAGGAGGCCCUGAGCCGCUGCCUGGAGCAGCGUGGGGUGGGGGAUGCUCCCGUCUGCCUGGUGUCCAUCGUCGGGGAGCAGCGCCGGGGCAAAUCCUUCCUGAUGAACUGCCUGCUGCGCCGGCUCCAGAGCCCGGAGGCUGAGGAUGCAUCAUGGAUGUGCCGCGAGGACCAGGCCCUGGGGGGAUUUGAGUGUCGCAAUGGGAAGGCGACCGUGACGAGGGGGGUGUGGAUGUGGGACCAGCCCCUCUGGGUCCAGGCCCAGGGGAGGAGGGUGGCCGUGUUCCUGGUGGACACCGAGGGCUCCCUGGACCUGAAGCGCCGCAUGGAGACCAGCAUCAAGCUCUCCGUGUUCAGCACAUUGCUCAGCUCCUACUGGAUUUUUAACAUUUCCAACACGUUUACCCGGAUGGAGGCAGAUUAUUUGGAGAUGUUUAUUCAUGUUGCGAAGGAGGUCGGAGAGACCUGCAAUCUGCCCCCAAUCCAACGUCUGGACCUGUUGGUGCGAGAUUGGCAGCUCUCCGGAGCCUAUGGUGUGGAUGGGGGGCAGGAGUAUCUCAAAGACAUCACACGGGACCUGGAGGCCUCUGCUGAGCAGCCUCUGGUGUUGGGAGCCCUGAGGGCGAGCGGCACCCGGUGUUACCUACUGCCCCACCCUGGCAUUGGGUUCACCAGGAGCAGGGCAGUGACGCCAGGUGACAUGGAUGAGGAUUUCCGGCAGUACCUGUGUGACUACGUCACCAGCGUGGUGCACUCAGCAGGGACACACAUCCGGACGGACCGAGCCGGGCAGGCGCUGACGGGGGCUCAGCUGGUUGCCAGGAUCAAGAGCGUCUCCCAAGACUUGAAGACGAAACGCUAUGACUUCUCCUCUCCUUUGAAGAUGGCCGAGUCGUUUGCAAACAGCAGAGCAGUAGAAGCCGCCAGGAGGGACUAUGAACAAUUUGUGCAGAAGCAGGACCGUGACCACCAGGGCAUGUGGAGCUGCCUGAAGGUGAAGCCUGAGGAGAUGCAGCAAUGCCUGGAGAGGGAAUGCAAGGAGCUGCUGGAGCGCUGCCGGGGGGAGCUGCGGGGCGAGGACCCUCAGAAACAGGCGGCCCUGGAGGAGCUGAAGAAGGAGCUGGACAGGCAGAUGACCCAGUUCCUGUCGGCCUAUGAGCAUCGCUUUAAAGUGAAGGAGGCCAAGCGGUUGGGCCUGUGCAUCGGGGGGGGCGCCCUGGCUGUGGUGGGCGCAGGUGUCGGGGCGGGAAUUGGCUUUGGCGUGGCUGCUGCUGUGGUGGCUGUGGAGGAAGCAGUGGCCAUCGGAGUCGGGGUGGGGGGCGGUAGCAUCAUUGGGGGAGGUGUGGGCAGCAAGGCAGGGGCCUGGUUAGGAGAGAAGUUUGCCUGGAUCAAGAGAGGCAGCAACCCUCCAGGGCAGGGGGAAGAGGGGGAGGACGGGGCAGGGUGUUCGGAUCAGGAGCCCCUGCUGCGGGGUGGGACAUAG